AUGAUUAUUGAAAAUGAAGAUAGUGAUUUGGAAAUUAUUUCAAAGUACUUCAAAAAUUAAGUUGAUGAAUUUGAAGUUUAUGAAGUAUCUCCAUUUUGUAAUAUAAAGGCAACACGAUUCUUAAGUUAUCACCAUAGACAGGAUGAAAUACUAGAAUUAAUAUCAGAUCAUUAUUCAUAAUAUAAAGAUAAGAUUGACACUCUUAUGAAGUAAAUAUCAUUCUUAUAUAUCAAGCAUAGAAGAAGAUUCUAUUCUUUUUGAUAUGACUAUUGAAUUAUGGAUCAAAUUUAAAUAGUAAUCAAAAUGUAUUAAGGAUGUUUUAAAAUACUUGGAUAUUAAGACUCCUUUAUAAAAUUUUAUCACAAAUAUCCUAUUAAAGUUGAUUAAGACAGAAGUUGAGAAUAGAUUAUAAAUAGUUACUCUUUUAGAAAUCAAAAGAUAUAGAUAAACAAUCGUUACUUUAUAAAAUCAAUAAGCAAUUGAAGAUCCUCCAUUAUAACUUUUAGAUUUAUUAAUUUUAUUACCUAAUUAUUAGUAGUUUGAAAGGAGAUUUUAUGAAUAAACUCAAAUAUAUUAUAAAGAGUUUAUUUUAGAUACAAAUCCUUCAUAAUCUGUUUAAAUAGCAAAUGUGAUUUUUUAAGCUGAAAGAAAGCUUUCUAGUAAAUUUUCAGAUGACUUUUAAUUAAAAUUAAUUGAUUUAUUAAAACUACUGAUCUUUAAUCAGGUUAAUAUGAAUGAUCUAGAUUCAUUAUAUUUCAAUACUGAAAUUAUGCUACAUUAUGUUAAAUUUGCAUAAGAAAUAAAUGCUCUUCCUAAAUUAUUAUCAGCUCUGUAUUCUAUAUAAUAAUUUUUAGUCGUAAACAUAUUUAUAAAGAAGUUAUAUUUAUUUUACAACAACAACCGACAUUAGCAAUUGAUAAUAUGCUAAAUUUAGAGAAGACUUGCUAAUCUCUUUUUGAACAAUUACCAGUUGAGAAUACAAAUGUUACAAUUAUCACUCAUGCUAUUGAAGUAAUUUAUUUUUUAUAAUUUAAAGGAUGCAGUAAAUGAAAAUUAUGAAAAAUAUUCCUAUACAUUGGCAUCUGUAAUCAAUCUUUAAAAUUAACAUUCAAUAUAGAAAUAUAAACAUUUAAUAAAAUAUUUAUCUGAUAAAGAGAGCUUUUAAAAUUAUUAUGUUAAAUUUCUUAUUAAACGUCUUAUAAAGGAAUAUAAUUAAAAUGAAUUAGAAUUGUUAAAUGAAUUACAACAUUAUUGUAAUUCUGAAUGGAUAAAUGAAUGUUUAGAAUUUAUUAAAAAUUCAAAGGAGUCACAGAAUCUUACUCAUUAAUUUUUAUAAAAACUACGUUAAAAGAAAAGUUCUAUUUAAUUUCAUUUUCAUCUGAUUCCAAAAUCAAUUUGGCCUUAUUAAAUUGAGAAUUUAAUAUUACCUUAACCAUUAAGUCAUUUUGCAGAAAGUUUUAUUAAAAAUCAAUCAGAGGAUCUGAUGUUCUAAAAAAAAAAGAUUUUAUUUUAAUCUAAAUAAAGCAAACUUAAUUUAUUUGUCAAAAUUGAUCAUUAAUUUGAAUUAGAGUUACCAUUAGCUUAAGGUUUAGAAUUGCUUAGAUUUAAUUCUUAAAAAUGUAUAAAUCAAAUCACCAAUUAUAAAUAAUAUAAUGGAUUAAUCAUUCGUUUAGACAACAAUACAUUUAAAAUAAAUUAUCAAUAUAAACACAAUAAUCAAAUAAUGAUAAUAAAUGAAGAUAUCUAAAUUGAAAUGGAGAAGAAUUAAUAGACCAUUUCAGAUUAUUUAUAUGUUGUAGAUGCUGCUAUUGUUAAAAUUAUUAAGUAGAAUAAAAAGAUUAAUUCAGAGAAUUUAAUUUAAGCUACAUUCGAUUUAAUCAAAAAAGAAUACCCUAGAUUCAUAGAUUUAUGUGAAUAUGAAAUAAUUGAAAAAUAAAUUGUAAGUUUAUUAGAAAAGGAGAUAAUUAAGUAAAAAUUUGAUGAUUUUGAAUUAUUAUGA